GCUUUACGCAACCAAACUCCUUUCUUUAGUGGGCGCGUCCAGUUUCUGUCUGACAGCAGAGGAGGGAGGUACGUACCAAUUCCCCUCAUAGGGGUGUUCCGCGGCGGUUGCGGAGGCCCAUACUGAAGUGUGAAGUUGGGAUGUGAGACAGAAUGACAUCCCUGGUUAACUCUGCUCCUCCGCCCGGAGCUGCCUGGGAAACGGCGGGUGCAGCUUUGGGGCCGUGACGUCACCGACCCGCAAGGUUGUGAAUAUAUGACAUCAUCUGUGCCGCUGAAGAAACACUGAAUGCAGAGCAGACACGAGCAUGGUGCAGGUCUGCAAUACCAAAACUUGAGAAGAGACUAAUUUAUAUGGCUGCUGUCAACACUGUGCAGUUACCAAGUACUGUAUAAACAGAUACAUUCAAAGACUAUGUAGAAGUCUGGGAAAGGAAUGGAGAGCUAAACAUGGCUAGACUCAAAUUUUUUAAAAAACUUAAAUUUGUACUAGACAACUACCUGCUUGUCCUGCAUUUUACAUGAAUGAUUAUGGAUUACAAAAACUGAAACUCUGAAUUUUUAUAUAUUUUUUUGCAUUCCACAAAAGACAUGGUGAUUAAACAUCAUAAGAAAACUAUUUUCUGCUCUUAAGCUUUGCUUUCAGGAGGUGCAAUGCAAGUUUACAGCAACUUUUACAAUGAUUAUUAGUCCGUGCUAUCCCCCAGGACUUUACAAACCUAGGACUGGGAGCCUUUGUUGUAGGUAAUGGAGCCAGAGAAAAGCCAGAAGAGUACAAGGAAGUUGGAGGAAGGUGUGAGGAAAAGGUUGUCCAAAGAGGAGGCAUUGCAGGGUCGAUCAUCUCCAGCAGGCUUACCUUCUAAGCCCCAAGGAGGAGUUGUAGUGCAACAGAGUUUCCCAAGCUCCUUGAAAAUACCAAGAGAAGGAAUACCCAGACGGGUAGGAAGACCGUGCAAAGCAAAAGGCCCGCAUAGUGAACGGCUGUCAAAGGCACAGACAACAUCACCAGCAUUUAUGGCUCCCCGGGCUGUACCAGAACAUAGCCUUGAAGGGUCAACAUGGCAAGUUGUAGACCCAAUACAUCCAAGUCCCUCCAGUUCAAUUUCUGCCCUACAUGCCAGAAUUACCUGUACCACAGAGGACCCGUCUCAAAAAACUUAUGUUCACCGACCAACUGAGGUUUCUGUUAAACAAGGGGAAGAACACCACAAAAAAGAAAAGAAGCCUCAAAAACCAGGCAAAUAUAUUUGCCAGUACUGCAGCCGGCCAUGUGCCAAGCCCAGUGUUCUCCAAAAACAUAUCAGGUCCCAUACAGGGGAGCGUCCAUACCCCUGCAUUCCAUGUGGGUUUUCUUUCAAAACAAAAAGCAAUCUGUACAAACAUAGGAAAUCUCAUGCUCACAGAAUAAAAGCUGGUCUGGCCUCAGAAACUGGGGGAGAGACUUAUCCACCCACUUUAGAGAUGGAGCAACUAGGAGGUGAAGAAAUUGAUGAUCCUACUGAAGGAGAAAGCACAGAUUCUGAGGAAGAGACAAGCACAAUGGCAAGCCUAUCUGAGCUAUCUUCAAGACAGAAGCAUGGUCAAUCAUCCUUUAUAGGAGGCCAGCAAGUUUUGACCCAUGAACUUACUUCAUUAUCACAUCCAUCUGUAUCCAUGAAACCAGAGGAGCUAACUCAAUUUGGAGAUCCCUCCAUGGAUCCCCUUCAGAAAUCAGAAGACACCCAUACCAUAAAACAGAAGCUAGCCCUGAGGCUUAGCGAGAGAAAGAAGGCAAGUGAAGAACAGAUGUUUCUUAGCCCAGGGAGCAAGGGAAGCACAGAAUCAGGUUAUUUUUCACGUUCAGAAAGUGCAGAACAGCAGAUUAGCCCACCCAACACCAAUGCUAAAUCAUAUGCAGAAAUAAUUUUGGGAAAAUGUGGAAGAAUUGGGCAAAGAUCAACAAUGACAACGCCUGCUCUAAAACAAGGACCUACCGAAGAAAAGCAAAGUAUAGGGCCAAUAUCAGUGCCCAGGACUCAGGUAAUUGAACACAUCACCAAGCUCAUUACUAUUAAUGAGGCUGUGGUGGAUACCAGUGAGAUUGACAGUGUAAAACCAAGACGGAGCUCACUCUCAAGACGGAGCAGUAUAGAAUCUCCAAAAGCUGCUUUGUAUCGAGACCCUUUCCAGUUUGAUCCAAAAUGCCUACAUGAGAAAAUAAAAGGUGAGCACUCAUUUUUAUCACAUAAGCAAUCCCACAGUGCCACAGAGACUGUGCCUCUUCUCCGAAGCCACUCAAUGCCUUCCUCAGCCUGCACUAUAAGCUCUCCACAUCCUUUUAGAGCAAGUUACUCAUUUGAUGACAGGAUUGUUGAACCUGAAGUCUCAAGCCAAAGCCACGUCUUCUCUUCACACCCACGGCUUCUGAAGAGACAACCAGCAAUUGAGCUGCCUUUGGGAAUGGAUUACACCUCAGAGGAAUGUGGCACAGUUAUUAGAGAUACCCCAUGCAAGCCAUCAGAUGAACUGGAAGUUAAAGAAAGUGAGCUUUCUAAAAAGUCAGGGAAAGUUGGAAGAGCAAAGGGCUUAUAUGAAUGUAAUAUUUGUGGUGCUUGUUACAAGAAAAGGGGCAACUAUGAAACUCAUAAAAAAUACUAUUGCUCAGAACUGCAUACCUUAAAGCCACAAGUUGCUGAUGCUCAAGGCUCUGUGGAAACAAGAAAAGGAUUUACAGAACAUGAAAAAUGGCCUCAUAUGCUCCAUUAUAAGGUCAGUCCAGGACUAGAGCAAUCUACUUUCAGGAAAAGAAGAAUAGUGAAGAGUCCAGGUGAUGAUGAAGAAAGUCAAUCUUUUGAUAUGCCUGAGAGUCAGGCAACUUCUGUAGCAGCUGGAUCCCCCUUCACAAUGUCAGAUAGAGCUUUAAACAUACAUAGGGAUACUGGUAAGACAUCUACUGAUUAUAGUGAGCCAGUCUCAGUGUCUGAUAUUCAGUGCCGAAUGCCAGUUUUGGAGGGUAAAGAAAAGGCAGUCUUAUCUAAAGAAAUAUCAGUUAUACAGCAUACCAGUUCCUUUGAGAGAUCAGAAUCUAUGGAACAACUGAGCAGUUUUGAAGAGGAAGAUAAACCAGCAGCACAAACAUCUUUAUGCUCUACAAGACCGACUUCUCACUCAUUGCAGCCCAAACUGGUUCGUCAGCACAACAUUCAGGUACCAGAAAUUUUAGUAACAGAGGAACCAGACAAAUCAGAAACAAAUCUUGGACCACCUCUCAAAGAACAGGGGAAAGCAGAAGAAUUCCAGUGGCCUCAAAGGAGUCAAACACUUUCUCAGCUACCUGCAGAGAAACUUCCUCCAAAAAAAAAGAGACUGCGCUUAGCAGAGAUGACCCAGUCCUCUGGAGAUUCUAGCUUUGAAUCUAUGUCCCUUACAAGAAGUCCAAGCCAAGAAAGCAGUGUCUCCCAUGCCUCAAGCCAUUCAGUUUCCUUUGAAAGGGAGGAGGGCUUUAAGGCCGAGAUGCAAUGUCAAACAUCUGAGUCACCUUCUAAGUCUCAGGGUCAUCAUAUGCUAACUGUGCCCUCGCAUCAUCAUCAUGCAAGAGAGAUGAGAAGAUCUGCAUCAGAACAGACUCCUAAUGUGUCUCAAACCCCUCAGAUAUCAGAAAACAGAAGCAAAUCCUUUGAUUAUGGAAAUUUAACAUUCCCAGCUUCAACAUCCAGUCCUACAGCUCAGGAAAGGAGAAAAUGUUUUUCCAUCCGUCAGACUUCACUUAGUAAACAUGUAGCACAUGAACCCGAUUUGAUGCUCAGAGACUGGAGUGAGACAGAUCAGCCUUCUUCAUCAAGCCAUACCAUUGCUAAAAGUAUUUCCUAUCAGUCUUCUGUCAUCUCACAUAGGGAUCUGCAGAGUGAUUCUCCUCAACCAAAACAAACCCCUAAAUCAGUCCAUCCCAUUACUGAAGUACAAGAGAAGGCCUGUUUGUUUCAUCAGCUUCCUGUUUUAAGACAUCCCUUAAUACUACCUGAACAAACUUCAGAGCUUUUCCCAACUCAGCCAAUGACUGAUAUUCUUUCUGCUCAGUUUUCUCUUCCUGCAGUUACUCCACCUGUCUUUCACACACCACCUAUGGCACUGCAACACACACUUCUGCACCCAGAUCAUUUUCAAAUACCACAGCAACUAAAUGAACAAACCUCUUUCAGACAACUGCCUCCCUAUGUACACUUGCCUUAUCCAGGAUCCUCACCAUUUCCACCAACUUUUUUUAUUCCAGUACAACCCCAGUUUUCUUUGUCAACUUCAACAGAAAUUGGAGGGCGUUAUUCACAGAUAAAAUCAUUCAUUCCCCCUUCCAUUGGUGUAUCUCCACACAAAGAUUUUUUCUCUGAGGCACUACAUUGUCCAUCUCACAGCCCACUCAAUUCAGAGCCUUCUUCUCAGGAGAUCACUGUACAUUCAGAUCCAGUGGUUUCUCUUGUGGUUCCCGUGAGACUACAAACACAUAUGCCAUCCAUUGGUAGAGCAAUGUAUACCACUCUGUCCCAAAUCUUAGUUACCCAUUCACAUUGCAGUCCAUCAGCGUUAGUUAUACAGAAGUUUGAGAGCCAAUCUGAAGGGUCUCAUGGCUCAAAUUUGGCACAUAUUUUACCACAACAUCAGGAUAAUCUGCUUCAAACACCUUAUCUACGUUUGCCAUAUACAAAGGUGGAAACUAGCCACUAUAGGCCAUUUACAUCAUCUUCUGAAAGUGCACUGGGAUUAGAUCUAAGCUCUUCAUCUGUUGGUGGCAGUAAACGCAUGUUAUCUCCUGCUGGCAGCUUGGAGCUUACAAUGGAGACUCAGCAGCAGAAGAGAGUGAAAGAGGAAAAUGUCCCAGACAAGAAAGGACAUUGUGAGAUUUUGAAGACACAAGAUGAGGGCAGAACAGUGAACAUUGAUACAGUUGUCAGCUUAGCAAAAGGCAGGCUUGAGCAGUUACCAUCCUCUCAAGUCAUCCAUGAUGAUUCAUCGGCAAAAGACAGAGGCAAAAGUCCAACUCCACCUCUUGCAGGCUCAUCCCAUACCAAGUCACCUGAGGAAUAUAAAGAGCAAUUAUAUGCAUGUAAAAUAACUGUAAAGGCAGAACAUCCUGAGGAACUUGUUGAACCCUUUUCCUCAUACACCAGGGUACCGGUUAACCUUUGUGUGUCUGGUGGAUUAGAGGUUACAGAAACUAAAAAGGUGCAGACAUUUCCUACUCUACACACAUCCACUAAUGUUAGUUGGUGCUACUUGAAUUAUGUAAAGCCAAAUCAUGCCCAGCAAACCGACCGAAGGGCUUCUGUUUACGGUAGCUGGUGCAUCAGUCUGUACAACCCCAACCUUCCAGGCAUAACCACAAGGGCAGCACUAUCCCUGCUAAAAUCCAAGCAAAAGACUAGCACUGAGAUCUAUACAACAGCCGAUACCACACACUCUGACACAGAAUUGCUUGUGCCCUCCAGAGUCCGGAAACCCAAAAUGACAGAGGCUCAGCUACCUCCUUGUGUACAGAAGGAAACUUCAAAUGUAGAAAAGGAGGAGGACAAGAGGGGGAAGCCAGAGGAUAUAGGGCCAACUGUAAGGCGGAGUGAACCAGCACGCAUUCGGAUCUUUGAAGGAGGGUACAAAUCCAAUGAGGAGUAUGUCUAUGUAAGAGGUCGCGGACGAGGGAAAUAUGUGUGUGAGGAGUGUGGGAUUCGGUGCAAGAAACCAAGCAUGCUAAAAAAACAUAUUCGUACCCACACUGACCUCCGACCUUAUGUUUGCAAACAUUGUAACUUUGCUUUUAAAACCAAAGGCAACCUGACUAAACACAUGAAAUCCAAAGCACAUAGUAAAAAGUGCCAGGAACUGGGACUACUGCCACCAUCACUAGCAGAGCUGGAUGCAGAGGAAGGGACCAGUGAUGAGAGAUGGCAGGAUAGUGAUGUGGUUGAAGAGCACCAGUUCUCAGACUUUGAGGACUCUGAUGAUGAUGAUGAUGACGAUGAUGAAGAUUCUGAUGAAGAGGAUGAUGAGGAAGAAGAUGAAGAGGAAAGCCAGGAAGAAAAACAACCUGAUCCCUCACCAACAGUAAGAGGCACUCCUAAUGAACCUACGCAAGAUCCUGAGACUGCUGGGAGUUCACCAUCAUACCAGUUCUCCCCUAAUCUAUUUCCCACUGUAGAGCCACCUGAGAAGGACACUCUGGCAAGGAGUUUUGACUUGCCUGCUUCCCGAGAUACUUUGUCUAGUAGACGAUGGUCUCCUGGCAAGGAAGCAUCAGGGUGCAGUUGGCCAGGUCCAUCAAGGAGGCACCUUUUGCAGAAGAGAGAAACCUCACCAAAAUGCUUUUCAACAACUGGUUGUCCCUCACCCCGCAGGGGCAUGUCACCAUGCCAGAGAUUGGCAUCAACAAAAGAAGUUUCUCCUCUGCAGUGUAUUUCCCCUAGGCAUCUAUCUCCACAUCGAGAUCUAUCACCAAGGACCUACAUGUCACCUGAGCGUGGGGCCUCUCCACCAGUGAGACAUAUUUCCCCAAGUAGAGAGUUGACAGGUCUUCAGUGUUCAGCUCUAAGACCUGGACUGGCUUCACCACCUCGUUAUGCAUCCCCUGGAAGGGAUGAGCAGCAACUAAGCAGGUCAGAGACUCAGACACACAUAAAAGUUCAGCAAGGGUUUUUUUCAUCCAUGGCUCUACCUCAUCGAACUUCUGAGACUGCAUGCAACAAACAGAAGUUGGGACCAUCUAAUUUCCCAGUCAUGUCAAGACCCCUCUACUCACAGCUUACACCUCACUACCCGCCAAGAAGUUCAGAAAACUGGUUCACCCACCUACCGCUGCACUCUCAGCAUCUGCAAAGAACCCCUUACACAAUGAUACCAAUAGGAGGCAUCCAAAUGGUGCAGGCACGGCCUAGCCCUCACCCAGCUCUGUUGGGGCACUCAUUCUUUGAACCACAACCUGCAGACCUUGAAGCAGUGCCAUUUGAACAGCAGCACCAAGAAGAAAGUGAUGAACAAAUCAGGACUAGCAGGAAAGAGAAGGAAAAAGACAGGGCAACACACCUCAUCAGCACAGCCCCGCCAAUUUCUCCAUCAAGCACUUACUGCCAAUCAGAUUCCACCCCUCCUCAGCCUGAUAUGUCCCUAUUUGACACUGACCCAUGCCAUGGGGAGCAUGUGGGAGAAGGAUGACUGGACGCCUUCUAUAGGGAACACACUCCUUCAAAGCUCUCCAUAUAAUAUCUUGAAUGUUCAGGAUACAGGGUGGUUGUUUCAGGAUACAAGAACGAAACCCUAUAGGAAACACGAUUAUCCUAGGAUAUGGAGUAUGGAUCCUGUAAAGGAUAGGUAGUAAGAAUCCUAGGAUAUAGGAUAACAGGCUUGUGAAGUGGGUAAAGGAUCUGUUUAGGAUACAUGGUAAGAAUCCCAGUAUAUGCAGGCGGUUGUGGUUGCACAGUGUUUGGAUUAUAAAUUGAGAAUCCUAUGGUAUGGGUUAGCAGUCCUUUCAGUAUAAAGGAAAUUUCCUAGGUUUGGAAUAAAGGUGAUUUGUGGAUAAAAGAUCAGCCUAGGAUACAAGAGAGACUUUCUUAUAGGAUAUGGGAUACAUAUCCAAGGUACAAAAAAGGAAUCAAUUUAGGAUAAGUAAGGGUACUUAUGGUACAGAUUACCAGUCUUUUUAAGAUACUGAUUUUAGGAUGUAUAAUAGGCAUCCUGGAUUUUUAUUAAUCUACAACAUGAUUUAUUUUAGGAACACAGAGAAAUUCUGUGUCUUCAAAAUUCUUGGCUUGGAGAAAGUGACUACCUUCAUUCCAUUCCAUUUAUCUGUCUCUUUCCCCUUAGUCCACUACUCCCUCUUUCAUAUGCAGUUUAUCUGUGCCUUUUAUAACCAGUUUGCUUUUAAAAUGCAAAACACAAUAAUCCUACAAGGAAAACUAAACUUUCAAUGCUGUGAAGUAAUGUAAAAUAUUUUUAUCAUGCGCCCAUUCUUAAAAAAAACAAUUAGGUGGGAAUACAUUGUGUGACUACCCAGCUUUGGAAGCCCCACCCAUUGUUACUUUAAUGUGAUAUUGAGAUCUGGGUAGGAUGUGCACUGAAAAAUGUAAGGUGUUUUAUUUUAAUUAUUUUUAUUUCUAACGUAUAUAUCAGAAAAAAAUAUAUCUAUAUAUAUUGAGCUGGGAUUGGCGUCAGCCGUGGUGUACAGAAAUAUAUUUAUAUUAUGAAUUUAUUUAAGUAAUGCUGUAACGUCUUUUUUCCUGCUUUAAAAGGUUUGGGGGGAGAAGGCUUUAUUUUGAAUUGUUAAUAUUUUUAAAACACCCAGCACUUCUGAUGUGGUUCAAAGUGACACUGCUGUGCUUUUAGUGUUACUAAGUAUCUACUUACUGAAAAUAUGCACUCUGUGCUGCGUUGUGUCUAUUUCAGUAAUAACACUUUGUAUUGUAUAAUGAUGUUGAGUAUCUGUAUAUUAAUGAACUUUCUGUGCUGUAUAAUGAGGAGGCUUUCAAAAUGAACACCUCUUAUUACACAGCAGGCACAAGUAUUAUUACCUAUGAAGUACGUAUUCAGCAUUGCUAUGCAGCAGGGAGCACAUCAGUGUAGCUUUAACCCUCAGACCUCUCAGUCGUGGUUAAUAACGGGGUUUUGGUACAUUCCGGUCUGGUGUCAUUACAUGUGAGUGAGCUGCUUUGGCCUGCUAUUGUUAGUUAUCUUUCUCAGAUUUAAUGAACUGCUGUCUUUGCGCUCACUGCCCUUUUUACAAUAUAAUUCUCCUUCCUAGUUCUACGUAGAGCAUGAUCUCUUGUCAUGGCACUUAUAUAGAUAGAUAGAUGUAAUUUCACAUUGCACCUUAUUUCCUCUUUUUCCUAUUUAUCUACACUCUAUUUCCAUAUCCUUCCUACUAACUGAACUUUUUGCUUAACAUCUCUCCCUCUUGUAUAAUUUCCAUAACCCUCAUGUUUAAUGAAUAUGAAUAUUAUCCUAUCAACAGUUGCAUUCAACCAGAAAUCAACAUCCAGAAUACAUAAAUGGUUUUCUUUGCACUAAUUAAAUGUUUCCAUUUUGGAUUGGGAAAAAUUACAAGAUCCUGAAGAUUCCUUUCAAGAUUCCUGCCACAUCAUUUUCACAUAAACAGGAAAAUUAAUUUCUGAACUUUAAUUUGUGAAGCCAAAUAUAAAACAAAAAGGAAAUUAAGUCACUAUUUUUCCUCGAUAUAAUAUAAAGAGAUUUUUGUCCUUGUGGGCUAAGACUUGUACUUGCCAAAUUUCAUUGCACCGUUUAUUUCAGUUAGUACUAUCGACAUAGUUAGUCAUUUCCUUCUCUUUGACAAGUAAGAAUUUGUUUUCUUUUUAACCAUUUGGCCAUGAUGCUUUGAACCAACAAACAGAAUAAACUACAAGCUACAUUUUGUUUUUAUUUUAUUUAGGCCUUGCCAUGGAAAUAUUCCCUUCCCCCAGGGUUCAUUAAUUACAAGUCUACAUGUUUUGCUUCCUUAUUCCAAAACAAUGAGGUGGGUAGUUUUAAAAGGCACUUAACCAUCAUAUAUAGGGGAAUGCACUCUAUUUAUAAUGAAUCUUUAAUUUUUGAUGGUUAUUUACUUGUGGUGACAAAGUGGACUUUGUAAUGCCCCACUGGAGCUGUGUACUGAGUACUUAGUAUUGUGAGGCUUGUAUUUCUCCAGAUAUGAGGUUGGUGGAUCUUUCUUUAUAAUAUUUUGCACUGGCAUGGUGUAUAAUCAAACUGUUUAUGCAAUGGUAUGCUUCACUUAUUACAUGAGAAUAGGCACAGUAUAUACAGCAACUAAUGGUGGCAUAUUGGGUGAUUGUUAUAUAUUUAUAUAUGUGCAGGAAAAGUACAUCACAGACCCAUAUUACUGCAUGGGCUGUGUGCAGGGUAAACAGCAGCUCAAGUUUAAUUAAAUUGGCAGGCUAUUUAAAUAUUCCAAAAUCCAAUAUUUGAUGUAGUUCACCAGUCAUCUCCAGCUUCACUCUAGUUUGUUCUUGUAAAGUACAAAGCUCCAAGCCAUGAAUUGCCCCUUCCUAAAAGGGCAUUUGCACCUUGUGUGGGGGACACACAUUUAUCUCCAGCCUCCAUUAUUACUUGUUCUAUAGUAUUAUUUUGUAAGAAAACUAUAUGUUGAAUGUGACUAGACAAUAUAAGCACUUAACCUUUCUAGCUGUGUUUAAAAUGAAGUUUGAGGAGCUUUUAAAUGCUUCCUGACUUUUUAGUUGGUUUUUGAGAAUGUGAAACUAUUACAAUUUAUAUAUACAUUUCAUCUCACCAGCUUGGUUUCCUUACGCUAUCAGGAUAAUCUUUUCUUUAUUGUCUGAUUUUUCCGAGCAUGCUGAGAAAAAUAUGUUGGAGACUAUUUAGCAGUUUUUAUGGGAAAAUAUUAAGACCUAUUUCAGAUUGUCUUAGACUUUUAUUGUCUUUUAUCCUUCUAAAAGUUGAGACCCUCAUGCCCCCAUAUGUUGGUUUAUAUGAAACAAUAUGGAGGCAUUCGUAGCAUUAUUUGUAAGGAAACUGACAAGAGAAAAAAUAUUAAAAUGUAUCUUUCUCUAAAUACUAGCGAGACAUGGGGGUCGGGAUCACAGAACUUAAGUAAAAUUUCUCCCGAGUUGUAACCCAUAACAACCAAGUAGAGUUGACCGUUUUGUGCUAAUGGCUGAUUGGUUGCCAUGGCUUUGUGAAUUCCCCCCUUGACCUGUGUGUUUUUUUAAGCCUGUUAAAGAUGAGUAACUGGCGAUUAUAAUUAUGAUCAUAUAUUGUUUAAUUUGUUUGAAUCCGUGGGAUUUCUUGGAUCGAAAAUCUUUAUCUAACAUUAAUGGGCAUUCAUCUGUGUGCCUAUGUUUUAUAAAAAACAUGUUAUAAUACAGAGUAAACAAACAUACAUACACCAAUUGACAUGUACAUAUAUAUUCUUAUUCUUUCCUUCUAAAGCAGGGGUCCCCAACCUACACGUGAGCCACAUUUAAAUGUAAAAAAAUAGUUGGAGAGCAACACAAGCAU